AUGGAAGACAUGCAUACAAGUUAUGGGUUAACUUUGACAUAUAAUAAGGCUUGGAGGUCAAGGGAAAAGGCCUUAAUGGCGGUGCGAGGAACUGUGGAGGAUUCCUAUGGUGAAUUGCCAUCCUACCUGUUCAUGUUACAGAAGAAGAACCCAGGAUGUUGUCGUCCUGUAUUGUGCAUCGAUGCCAGCUUCCUUAAGCAUAAAGUUGGAGGUCAACUACUGGUUGCGAUAGCAUUGGAUGCGAACGAGCAACUAUAUCUCAUUGCUUUUGGUGUCGUUGAUUCAGAGAAUAAUAACUCUUGGACAUAUUUCAUGCAACAACUAAGGUUGGCAAUUGGAUCAGUCCCGGAUCUCGUCUUCAUAUCCGAUAGACACCCAAGUAUUGCCAACGCCUUGUCCGCGUUCCAUGUGCAUGACGGUGAAUUUGAUUUUCAAGUUGACUUCAAGGGUCGAAUAUGUACUUGUAGGGUAUUUGAUGUAUCCGGUCUUCCUUGUACGCAUGCCCUAGCUGCUGCCCGUUUCCGGAAAUCGGUUCCAUAUGAGUUGUGCGCAAGGUUUUACUCAACUGAAUCGUGGUGCAUGGUUUAUGCGGAGACAUGUUAUCUAGUUUUUCAACAUAAUGAAGCUUGGGACAUUCCCGAACAUAUCAAGAAACGAGUCUGCCUAAAACCCCCCGUGAAGAUUAAGAAAGGACGACCAACAACAAAACGUAGAUCAUCACAAGGUGAGGUUCGUAAAGAACGGAGACGGUGCGGCUCAUGUGGCGGUCUAGGUCAUAACAGAGCAACAUGCUCAGCAGUGAUGCCUGCACCAUCUACUGCAAGACCUUCACAAUCAAGUGCCCAAUCUACACAACCUUCACAAUCAAGUGCCCAAUCUUUGGCAUGA